GCAACAGAGAGAACAGAGAGUCGUCUGCUCCGUUUUGUCAGCAAUUUUCGAGCGUCUGUUAGUUUCUGGUGCAUUUUUGUUGUUUUUCCCGAUGAAAAACGUUAAAAACAUUAAUUAAACUUAAGAAACAAACAUCUGAGUAGUGAGCCCUGGUUGUGAUUGUUUCAAAACUACCAAAUAAGCCCAAAUAAACUGGAUAAGUCCUUGCAUCUGGCCGUGUUCCUUUUCGCGUGUUUGUGUGUACUUACCAUCCCGAAGUGUGUUUACAUUUUUUCAAUUCCUCUCAAAACACAAACUAAAUGACAAAAUCCAGGAUAUAAAAAAAUAAUAUUCAACAAAGGAUCUAAAUCGAAUAGAUCCAAUUUGGAACUAGAACUUACACUCAGUGCAAAAAGUGUGCCCACAAUGAACAAAGUACUCUGGUUACUGCUCGGCAGUUGCCUAGUUCUGAUUUCACAAGUUCUGGCGAUGACCGAGGAACUAUCUCCAGAUCAUGUGCGGGAGUUCUCAUGCGGCAAGCUCUACUACAGGACCUUCCAUAUGAACGAGGAUCGGGAUGUGCUCUAUGUGGGAGCUAUGGAUCGGGUAUUCCGUUUGAACCUGCAGAACAUCUCAUCGUCCUUUUGUGAUCGGGACCUGAUCAACCUGGAGCCGACCCGCGACGACGUGGUUAGCUGCGUUUCCAAGGGAAAAAGUCAGGUCUUCGAUUGCAAGAACCAUGUGCGUGUCAUUCAGUCAAUGGAUCAGGGCGAUAGGCUGUAUGUGUGCGGCACCAACGCCCACAACCCCAAGGAUUAUGUUAUCUAUGCCAAUCUGACCCACCUGCCGCGCUCCGAGUAUGUGAUUGGCGUUGGCCAGGGCAUUGCCAAGUGCCCCUACGAUCCCCUGGACAACUCCACGGCGAUUUAUGUGGAGAACGGCAAUCCGGGCGGCCUGCCUGGCCUGUACUCGGGCACCAAUGCGGAGUUCACCAAGGCGGACACGGUCAUUUUCCGUACUGAUCUGUAUAAUACUUCGGCUAAGCGGUUGGAAUAUAAAUUCAAGCGGACUCUGAAAUACGACUCCAAGUGGUUGGACAAACCCAACUUUGUUGGAUCCUUUGACAUUGGCGAGUACGUGUACUUCUUCUUCCGUGAAACCGCCGUGGAGUACAUCAACUGCGGCAAGGCCGUCUAUUCACGCAUCGCCCGGGUCUGCAAGAAGGAUGUCGGUGGCAAGAAUCUGUUGGCCCACAACUGGGCAACGUACCUCAAGGCCCGGCUUAACUGCAGCAUCUCCGGCGAAUUUCCGUUCUACUUCAACGAGAUCCAGUCCGUUUACCAGCUGCCCUCCGACAAGAGCCGCUUCUACGCAACCUUCACGACGAGCACUAAUGGCCUGAUUGGAUCUGCCGUAUGCAGUUUCCACAUUAACGAGAUUCAGGCUGCCUUCAAUGGUAAAUUCAAGGAGCAAUCUUCAUCGAAUUCCGCGUGGUUGCCGGUGCUGAACUCCCGCGUACCGGAGCCCCGGCCGGGUACGUGUGUCAACGAUACAUCAAAUCUGCCCGAUACUGUGCUGAAUUUCAUCAGAUCCCAUCCACUUAUGGACAAAGCCGUAAAUCACGAGCACAACAACCCGGUCUAUUAUAAGAGGGAUUUGGUCUUUACCAAGCUCGUCGUUGACAAAAUCCGGAUUGACAUCCUCAAUCAGGAAUACAUUGUUUACUAUGUGGGCACCAAUCUGGGUCGCAUCUACAAAAUCGUGCAGUACUACCGCAACGGCGAGUCCUUGUCGAAGCUGCUGGACAUCUUUGAGGUGGCUCCCAACGAGGCCAUCCAGGUGAUGGAAAUCAGCCAGACACGUAAGAGCCUCUACAUUGGCACCGAUCAUCGCAUCAAGCAAAUCGACCUGGCCAUGUGCAAUCGCCGUUACGACAACUGCUUCCGCUGCGUCCGUGAUCCCUACUGCGGCUGGGAUAAGGAGGCCAACACGUGCCGGCCGUACGAGCUGGACCUAUUGCAGGAUGUGGCGAACGAGACUAGUGACAUUUGCGACUCGAGUGUCUUGAAAAAGAAAAUAGUGGUGACCUACGGCCAGAGUGUUCAUCUGGGAUGCUUUGUGAAGAUUCCGGAAGUCCUGAAAAACGAACAGGUUACUUGGUAUCAUCACUCCAAGGACAAGGGACGCUAUGAGAUUCGUUAUUCGCCCACCAAAUACAUUGAGACCACGGAACGUGGCCUGGUUGUGGUUUCCGUGAACGAAGCCGAUGGCGGUCGCUACGAUUGUCACUUGGGUGGUUCCCUUCUGUGCAGCUACAACAUCACAGUGGAUGCCCACAGAUGCACUCCGCCAAACAAGAGCAACGACUAUCAGAAAAUCUACUCGGACUGGUGCCACGAGUUCGAGAAGUACAAGACAGCCAUGAAGUCCUGGGAAAAGAAGCAAGCGCAAUGCUCGACCCGGCAGAACUUCAGCAGCAAUCAGCAUCCAAAUGAGAUUUUCCGCAAGCCCAAUGUCUGAUACCACGAACAGAGUUUCGCUUUCAACAUGCCGUCGUCCAAUCCGUUUUAGAUAAUGCCAACGCACAACAGAAGCCCAACAGAAGACAGGAACAGAGCGGACAAGAAUCAUGAUAUCAUCAUUAUAUUAUCAUCGACAUCAUCAUAGAUAUACUUUCUUCAGCAAUGAACAGAAAAACAGAAAACUCUUCCUAAAGGAUUAUGCAUUUACGGAGGCAUUUACAAUGCAUUCAUCUUAGACUUAGACUAUAGGGUAUUAUCACACGACGACACAGCUCCUCCCAUAUGGUGCAUUUCAUUCAACUUGAUUCGAUUUAAAUAAUGAUAUACUAUAGAUACGCCACAACCCAUAGCUAGCUACGACAAUUGAACGUUUGAAAACCAUGUAAACUGCCGCAGAACGCACAUUCAUAUCGUUAUUCGAAUCUAGACUCGAUUUAGUUUCAAUAUAACACCCAACAUAAGAAUAAUCAAUCUUUGAACUUAAAGGCAACCUUAAUGUAAUCGAAGAAGCAAUGUGAUGUUAAGUUUUGAUAAAUUUAUGAACAGCCUAACCACAGUAUAAAUGUACCAUAAACGAUCUAUAUAUAUCAAGUUGUACACACGUUCAUGCAAAUCGAAUGCAAUUCCAACCUAUGGGAACUAUCCUUAGAUAAACCUCAAUCACAAGCAAUACUCGCCUAACUCGUGCAUCGACAUAUUUAACUCGAAUCGGUCCAUAGCUUAUAUAUACAUAUGUCAUAAUAGCUGCGAAUGAGCAUUAAUUCAGCGUUCGUUUAAUAUCUGUGUAUGUGUACUUCCAAGCCAGUGUCUACUGUCCUAUUCCUCUCCAUCUUGCCGCAGAACAAUUGAAUAUUACGGAGUGUGUAUACAUAGUACUUCGAUUAUCAUUUUUAGUGUCUUGCACUUUCUUCAGACUUAAUGUACUUAAGGUAAUUUGCAAAAUCUUUAGUUACUAAGCGUUUAGUUAUAAUUAAGUGAGAAAAUAAAUCUUUUAAUAAAAAAGCAAAAUUAUCAAAAAAAA